UCUUCAACGAAUAGGUUCGAAGUAGCACCAUAACGGGAUACGAAUUCAUCGACAUAUUCACAUGGUCAAUCGUACAGCCCUACAUUUCCCUCGUUCGGAACUCUCACGGUGUAUCACCAGGGGCACAAGAUAUUGAUGCUUACUUUUCUCAGUUCAAGAUCUUUUCCUGAAGAUUUUGAGUCAUGGAACCAGAGUUGCAAAACCUUUGAGGUAUAUACCGGGGGAGGGGUUCUAGUCAUAGUAUGGAGAACGAUCACAUCCAUGCUAGUGUCAUUAACCCUCGGUAUAUUGUUAUGCUUUCAUCAGGAUUCAUGCAGGGUUUUUUUCGCCUACUUCGCUUUUCAUUCAUCGGUCGAGAUUGGUGUGGUGAUCUAUGAAGAGACAAUCGGCCUUUGGGAGGUAUUUGCUUGAUUAGACGACAACGGCAUCCGCGUUGCGUAUAACCUUCUCAAGUUUACUCCCAAACAUCUUCUAGGGAACCAACCGUCACAAUUUGCAGUUCAUUUCAUUCUAUACCAUGGCA